GUUGAUUUUACUCAGGCUAGGAGUAGGCCAGCUAUGUGCUGUGGGAGGGUCCUUGAAAAGGAAACACACGGGCGCAGUGUUUGUUUGAGCAGCGCUAUUAUAAUCUCUCCUGCUUAAACUGACAGGAGUCCGCUGUUUAGUUGAGUUCACAAUAAAAGCAAGAUGUCAGCGGCGCUGGAGAAGCCCAGAUCAUCGCGCACAUCCAGAAGAGUCUGAACUACACGGUGUUUGACAGCAGGUGGAUCCCCUGCAGCUCUAAGUUUGUCUGUAUGGGGAACCUCGCCCGAGGAAGCGGAGUCAUCUGAUGCGGUUUUGGCAGGUUAUUUAACCAUCACUGAGAUUCAUGGUUCGAGUAACCAGAGCAGGAACUGCAAACAUUGAAUCUGAAAAGCAAAGUGCUUCCAUGUCCUUACAGGCAAUAGAUGAACUGUUCCUCUUCCUGAACUACCUUGCUCUUGGUCUGAAGCAGAGGGACCUAGCUGAGCGGUAUGGGGUGCAUCAAUCUACUGUAAGCAGAAUCAUUCCGACCUGGAGCAAUUUCCUGUUCUCUGUUCUUGGUUCACAAUGCAUUUGGAUGACUCAAGACAAAAUUAAGGAACACUUGCCAUCAGAGUUUGAAGACUACCCAGACACCACCACAAUUCUGGACUGCACAGAGCUCCGGUGUCAAACACCCUCCUCCCCUUUACUUCAGAGUGAGGUAUACUCAAACUAUAAGUCCCACUGUACCCUGAAGGGAAUGAUUGGCAUGGCCCCCCAUGGCGCUGUAACCUUUGUUUCCUCCCUUUUUGCCGGCUCAGUAAGUGACAAACAGAUCUUUGUAGUGUCAGGUAUUCUUACUCUGCUUAGGCCAGAUAUGGCAAUUAUGGUCGACAGAGGCUUCCUUGUGGAUGACUGUGUGCCCUGUAAGGUGUACAGGCCUGCAUUCCUCGCUGGGAGACCUCAGAUGCCAAAGCUCGAGGUCAGGGAGACCCAAUCUAUUGCACAUCUCAGAGUGCACAUUGAGCGCCUAAUUCGUAGACUUAAGGAAUUUAAAUUCUUUGAUACGGUCAUCCCCUUAAACAUGUUUGGGAGCAUAAAUCAGCUUUAUGCAGUUGCAUGCCUACUGUUAAAUUAUCAGUGUGGGCCACUUGUAAAAGCUUGGGCUAAGUAAAAGUGCCUCUUGUUUUUAUCCUUUCUUAAUCCUUGUAAAUAUAUCUUAAACAUGCCUCUAGAUUUCUUCUCUGUAUAUAUCAUUCAUCUCAUAGUUUAAACUUAAAAUCUAUUCACAAAAAAUCUGAUUAACUGUAAUAUAUUAAUUAAACUGUAUUUAAUUUAAUCAGUUAACAACAGAUCCUGUACAUUUGUGGAAACAAUUCAAAAUAAAGCAUGGGGCAAAAAAUAUGUACAAAUUGAUGGAAACUGAUUGAAUGGCUUGAAACGUUUCAAGCCAAAAGUGUUGGAAUAUAAAAGUAAAAGUAAAAGUAAUCAACCUUU